AAGAAAAAAAAAUGUGUACAUAUAAUCCCAAAUACAGUAACGCGCGGUUUCGCCUGUCUCCUAAUGCUGCAAUAUACACGCAUACAACGAUAAAGCACGGACGUACAGCGUACGAGAAACGCACGCACACCGUUGCACAUCCACGACAAAUGUAAUGCGACCAAAUAGAACGAAAUGAAAAUAACUCUCGAGUAAUAUGCAAAAAUAAUCAUCUGUCAAAAAGUUAGUUUAGUGUUCUAUUCUGCAAACAGAAAAAAGAAAAAAGAAAUAAUCUAUACAAAAAAGACUACAAAGCAUACGACGAAAACCAUUGCAAUACGGAAUUUAAAUAUACAGUGAAAUCAACCAGUUCAUUGCUUCUUUAGUUGAAUUGUUUUUAAGUAAUCCUUUUUUUUUAUUUAAUUCCAACAUAAAAAGGCAUUUUAGUAAAUAAUUCGCGUAUUAUAAAGGAAAAAAGAACAAAAAAAUCACACCGAAUCUAUCUGCAAUUGAUGGACCAGCUAAAGGGAAUCAUAACAAUACCGAAUCUCCCAAAAUUCAGCUGCAAAUAGAAAUAAAAACACAAAAUGUGUGUAUGUGCAUGUGUGAUUUCAUACUUUGAUUUAUUAUUAAUCCAACUAAACGAAACAGUAUAGCGAAAAAAAAAGGUUUUUGUUGUCUCAUAUAUUCUGCCUUGUGUUGUAAAUAGUUUUAAUUUUCAUUUUCAGUGGUUUUGUGUCCAUUAAAUUGUUCACAAAUUACCUUAAUGCGUCCGUUGUCAAAUCAUUAUUUUUUCUGUUCACAUAUUCGGUUUUAUCGUUCGUUUCUUUUGUUUUGGUCAGCUGUAAUGCAAACCGAAGUUCCAUUUUAAAUUCAAUCAAUCAAUUAGUGAUGUGAUUGUGUACCGAUUUAGUUGAAACUGUUGUGCUUUUCAGUUAUUUUGCUAUAAAAGAAGGAGAAGACGACGAAACAACGAAUACUCUUGUUUUUGUCAAUAUUGCCAAAUUGUGUGUGCGUGCGUUUUCUUUUCAAAUUCAUCCUUUCAGUUUGAUUUUAUUUGAUUCCCCACCUUUUUUCUAUCAUCGUUGCGAUUGAAUCGAAUAUCGGCAUGUAUUUAUGUAUUUGAUUAAAUUGCUCGUCAUUUAGUCAGAUCUGUAUGCAGUUAUUGUUGAAAAAAUAAAGAUUUUUGUUGGUCUUUUUUCUUCAAACUUAUUUUUCACAUAUCGUUUCUGGUUCUUGAUUGUGUGCUAAAGCAGUGAAUAAGUGCACAUAUGAGAAACGACGUAUUUUUAGUGAUUCAAAUGUGUCUCAUCAUCGAAUAAGUAAAACAUUGAAAACAACAUAAGCCGAAAAUCUCUGAGAAACUGAACAGUAAUCAUAAAAAUAUUACAGAGAGAAAUUAUUGCAAGUAGAACGAGUAAAAUCGAGCGAAAACAUCAACGAAGAGAACAAGGGUGAAAGAGACAUAUAUCCCAGCUAGCCAUAACAACAACAACAACCAAAAAACAACACAUGAAGGAAUGAGAGAAAAGACGCACCUAUAAACAUCAACCCAAACGUAAAUUAUGUAUGUAUUUUUGCAUUUUCUUUAAACGAAAUCUUAAAUUAUUAUUCAAAGCUUUUUAUCCGAUUACCCAAGACGAACGGAAGAACAUCUCCUUUCAAUUUGAUUACAUGGCCUUAUUUCAUACGGUUUCUUGAACAUUUUUCUGUCAAAUUUCGUGCGAGGCAUAGUAAACAAUAGAUUUAUUUGCUAGAUAAAAAAGAACGAGUGAAAAAGAGGGGGAAGAAAGGGAAGAAAUGAUACCCAAAAAAAAUGCAUGAAUAACUUGGGUAAAGUUUCUGAUACAGAUAUUGUUAAGAUAAGAAAUUCGUUCGCGUUUCAUGUUAAAUAACCUUUUCUCAUCUAGAUUCACAUAUCAUUUGUGUGUUUGUUUGUUUUUUUUUCUUUCAUAUCACACUUCACACAUUUGGUGUAUAGCAUGCACCAUACUUUACAAGAGUACAAAUUGAUCGCAUGUGGAAGACAUGUAUGGUCUACUAGAAAUCGCAUUCACCACUCACAUAUAUCAAUCAUAGCAAUAUGCUAAGAGUUCAAUGCAUUCCGGUGAAAACGAUCGUGAACGAGCUAAGUGAAAAUGCGAACGGAUAUUUUUUUUUCCUUCUUUUUUCAAUUAAAAAAAAAUAUCAUCGUCGAUGCCAAUUCGAAUGAGAUACAUUUUUUUUCUUGACUUCUUCUCCUUCUUCUUCGAUUUUUCUUAUGUGCGGCUGUUCGUCCGAGAUGCAAGCCAAGAAAUGUCACACACUGUAUGUGCUCUGUUAUUAUUGCACGAUUGCAAUGCACCAUUCACAAUUCAUAAUGGAUUUGUGUGUGUAUCAAUGUGUCUGCUUUUAUGUGUCGACACUUGACAACAACAAAAAAAACCACACUUAUUAUAUAGAUUUACCUUUAGUGACGCAAAACCAAGCAAAUUCUCAGUCAAACACAACAUGUGAGAAUUUGUAACCAAUACCGUACCGACAAUUCAAACAUCUGUGUUUGAGAUAGAACACUUCGCAAACUGAGAACGAUUUAAUAUGGAAUCUUUAUGUAUAGAAGCAAGGGGCAAUAGACAAAAUUACCACUAUUCAUUUAUGAUCACCAUUUUGGACAACGUGAAACGUCUGUAGCACUAAAGAUUUAUCAAAUUGUCAUAUAGCGGCAUUAUAUUGGUAGCCGCAAUAUGUGACUUAUAUUAUUAUGGUGCGUUUGCCCACCAACAAAAUUCAAACAUAAAUAACACAUUCCAUUCAUUUCUGAUUUGAAAAAAAAAACAUAUUCCCAUAAAAUCGUUCUGUAGUGGGUUCCACACACUCCUAGCGGUUUGGUCUCACUUCAAGAGUUCAAUAUAUAUCUGUUGUGUGUUUUUUCUUAUUGUGUCUGUCUCUAGUAGUUUUUGCCGCGUUGCUCGCUUAGUGCAAAUUCGGUGUGGAUUGAAAUACUGAAAUUGAAUUUUUUAACCAAUGCGCAUGAACGCAUACGAUUUUAAAUCAGUUUUGGUAGGUUACAAUUUAUUUUUUGAAAAAUGACAUCCACCAUGAAUAUUAGCGCAAUGUCUUCGAGGCAUAUUCUAUUUUGUACCGGCUGCAUUUUUGCUCACCAUUUCUGAAUAGCCAUUCAACGUUUAUCCCAGCAGCUCAUCUCAACUGUGACAAAUUAGAUCGCAGCCAGUUCACAGAAAUGAACAUGUAAGUAUUAGCUACAAGAAAAGAGAAGGAUCAAAAACAACUUGAAAAAGUAAAAAAAAAAGAUGUGCGAAUUUCUAUACAAUAUAUAAGCCAAGCAAAUAUGGAGUGAACGAUGUCAACGUGAUAAAUGAUUUUUUUUUAUAUUUCUGCUAUUCAUUUUUGGCGAUGAAAGCUUACGUGCGUUUUGCGAUUGUUUUAUCUCACAUAUCAUACCAUCAAGCAAUAAUACACUUAUACAUUUGUAUCGAGUAGCUGAACAAACGACGCACGUUCGUACAUAUGUAUUUAUGUGAAUCAAAUUUUUUGUAUUGAAUUACAUACAAGGAAAAAUGACUUCACUGGCAGAAAUAGCGCCAAUAUCUGAGUCAAUCAUAGAAUAUGUCAAAUGAAUGCGAGAGUAGAAGUCCGCUGAACAUAUUUAACGUAUUCUUUUUCUUUAUAUUGUUUUUUCAAUGAAUGAGAAAAUGGUUAUGAACCACCGGUAGCAAAUAAAAGAGAACAAAAAAGAGACAUUAUCUCGUAUGACUCAAAAAAUGGAAUUGAAUCUCAUGCAUCAUCAUUGUUGAAAACUGGGCUAAGCGGUUUCUCUCUCCCUCUGUUCCUCCCUCUCUAUAUAAUUCUCGGUGUGUCGGCAGCUAGUUAUUAGAUCGAUUUUCCGGAAAUGAGCAUGAAAACAUGUUUAUCGUAAUGCCAAAAUAGUUGAAGACAACACACCAAAAUUGUUCUCGCACAUGAUAUGAGGCUAAGCUCCGCGAUCCCCGAUAAGCAGCUCAAUUUUAGUACAACAAUAAAAUAAGCGAAGCGACCGUCAAAAUAUAUGCAAUAAAAUCAAGGCACACGAAAAAGCCAAACACAUACAAGUGCCCGCGAAAUAUAUUUUCAAAAGAAACGAACAACGAAUGACAGGAAAAAGGGCAAACACUAUUUUGAUUACAUAUAUGUGGGUAAUUUUCAGGCGACAAAAAUGAGUAGCAAUGUUUGCAUUGGAUGCGAAAAUAUCAUCUCAUCAUGUUUUGUUAAUGCAAACCUAUAGUUUUUCGCAUAUUUCGGCAGCGAGUGAAUUCGAAAUUCAAUCGACAACAUCGUCGCGUUCCCGGCAUUGUUGCUGAUUUAGCUGCUGCUUGACGGCAUUUUAUUUACAUUGCUAAACGGCGAUUGCCAUAUGUGAUGCCAAUUUGAAUAUUUCGUUCAAUAUUUGUAUUGUUACUUCAAAUAGUUUGCGACAUUUCCACAUUGAUGCGUUCCUUCAUUGGUUAAUUGUGGCGCUUCAAUCGCAAUGCCACAUAGCUACUGUUCGGCUGGUAUGAAAGUUGCGCUCGGAUUCGGUUUUGUUCUAUUAAAACUUUGUUUGUUUAUUUUUGUAACAUCACGAUUAAUUUGACUUAUGCUCAGAAAUUCGGUAAGCUCAACUUUGUCUUCUAUUCAUUUCGUACCGUUCUCUUUCAUUCGUUCGCUCGCUCGUUCGCUUUCCCGUCGUUGUUGUCGUCGUUGUUGUCGUCGUCGUUGUCGUUGUCGUUGUUGUCGUCGUCAUCGUCAUCGUCUUUUGUCGUUGUUGUUUGAUGCGUUGUCUUACUUAAAUUAGCACACAGUGGCAAUGCCAUUUCAUAGGAUUGCUUCUUCAGCGCGUUGUUUACAUUUCAAUUCAAUUAUAAUCUCUCCGCUUAGUCAUUACUGAUCCGACUGCGUCAUAUACUGUCGAAAGUCUCUUUAUGAGUUUUGGGCAUAUAAGACAAUCAUUUUACUGCUCGCUGUUCUAUUCAUGAAAGGGGCUUUUGCUCAUUUGUUUUGCCGCUCGGAAAUAUGCAUACCGAGCCACCAGCAGCAGCAGCAGCAGACAAAUUUCAUCCUUUCCACCAAAAUGCCACUGAAAGCGUAUGUGAGAUUGAAAGCGAGAACAGAAUUGGAAUAGGGAAUUUCAUAAUGGCAUUACAUCGGCAUUUGAAUGAUGUAUGUCGCGUGAUUCUUUACAUUUGGCUUGUUAAAUUGAUGUGUGACAAUUAAAAAAGAAGGAACAUAAGAAGAACGCAGACUGAAUGUGUCUCGACCACCAGUCAUAUAAAUUUGAAGGAAAAAAACGAAACACUUGUGCGCGAAUGAAUUGCUUCAUUUGCAACAUUAGUCUUUACACCGUCUUAACAAAGCCAAACAAAUGUAAAAAAAGGCAACGAGAGAAGAAGAAAAUAACAACAAACGUUAGAAAAGAAACGGCGCAAAAAUGUCGAACGCCCAAAAACUUACAUCGCAAAUUAAAGAAGAAGAAGAAGAAAAAGAAAAGAAAUGCACAUCGGAAAGAAAUGACACGAACCGAACGCGAAGAAAAAAACAACAAUGACAAUGAUGUGUUCAUUUUUAUGCAACGAAGGGACAAAAAUUCGCUCUAAGGUUUAGUCGGAAAAAGCGGUGCUGCAUUUUUGCAUAUGAAAUGCAUAAAGGGAAGUUUGCCUCAUGAAUCCCGGUGCUAGUCCGAAUUGACAAAGAGCUGAUAUAAAUUGCAUACAGUUUGAAGUUGUACAUCACACAGCUGACAGACCAACAACAUGAAUCGUAAAUGGAAGAUAUUCAGCAAAUGAUGCUCUAGCGGCAUCUAUACGGUAGAGUUUGGAAAUUUGAUUAAAUGAUUUCGUUACAAGGUUUACCCAAAUAUUGGAAAUGGUAUUUGUCAAAAAUGGCAUUUCAAACGUCAUUCAUGAUUCAUGUUAGUGAACUUCCGAUAGGGACAAACAGAACUCUGAAAGGUUUUGGAUCUGUUGAAUAUAAUAACAUUGUGCUUCACAGCGUUGUGGCAGACACAAAAGGCUUUUUGCCAGACAAACGUCACGAGCAUGUGAAAAAUAAAAGUAUACGGGAAAAUAGUUUGCAAUGACGUUGAAAUGUGGUGAAUGUGCCAAGAAUCGAAUGCAGACGAAAGCCAUGCCAAAGGAGACGCUAUAAUAAUUUUAAUAAAUAUCUUCAGUGAAGUUAAAACAUUUGCCAAACUACCUAUUAUCGCAUACCUUUUUAACACUUUCAUGUGGACAGUUAAUGGUAUUUGAUGUUUAAAAUCAAUUCAAAAGAGAUGAAAACUAUCCGCACUCGGUUCGCAAACAUCUCUCUCUCUGGAGAGAAACAAAAUUCAAAGCAGCACUAACACAACAAGGAAGCUGAUUGUAUGGGCCUAUUUUCAGCGUAUACAUAAUCGCUAAAAUGGUUCAUUUCAUGUUCAUGCUGAACUAUGCUGAACUAUGCUGAACUAUGCUGGACAAUUCAUCAACACAUUUGACUUUUUCGGCAUGAGAGUGUGAUCAAAAGUAAAAUUCGAUUCUAAAGUAAAUGUGGGAGGCGAAAAUACAGUACAUUAAGCAAUACGGCACGUGUGCAGCCCAUAAAAAAUAAAAAUUAAACUUGCAAUAUGAGAAUAAAGCAAGGACAAAGAAGGAUCCGAAGGAAGGAAAAAAAAAUACAGGCCAUUGGGAUGUACAAAUGUGAUGUAUCUUGUUGUACAUUCAAGUGCAUUUUCUUGCCAAUUUAUAUCUCUUUUGGCAUAGUGAAAUGGUGAAUACACUAUCGUUGUAAAAGGAGUGCGCCUUGAUGGUUUCUAAGACGCCCUUUGUGACAAAUUAUCUACAUAUAUACACAACAUUUUGCGGCAUCAGAAGUUUUUUUCCAUUGGAUUCAUCGCAUACAGAACAGAGAAUGAGAGCUGGGAAAAGCGAACAGCUCACAUGAGCUUAAACAUUUUAAUGGUUCAGAACUGUGUAUACAUUUUCAUGCACGUAUCAAAUGUCUACAGAUACGCAUUACGUGUAAACACCAAAAGUUAAGCAAUUUGAAAUGGAAAAAACGAAAAAUACGCACAAAAGACCAAUAAAAAAAAAGACACGAAGCGAGUGGCGAAUUUGCUCAGUCAAUGUGGUUUCGAUGCGAAAACGGGGGAAAAGAACUGGAGCUUACCGUAUGUGCAAUCGAAACCGAAACAUGAUUUUGAUAAAAAAAUAAGGUGAUUUGUGCCGUAUUCGAUGUCAUCUUCCAUUCGAACACAUUGCAUUUGGCACAAAAGAAUCCGGCAUUCAAGAAAUUGGCCAUCGAAAUGGCAUAUGAUGGAUUUGCUACGAUGUUAAUCAUCGCUUGGACGGAGAAAAUAGGAGGAAUGCGUAAUUGAUGUAGUGUACAUUUGAGUAAAUUCGUACUUAUAUCGUAUGUAUAUAUGAGACCUUUGCAGCAGUAUAUGAAACUGUUUUAAAAUCCGAUGGGCAUUGGAACGCGAUUUUUUUUUACUGAAAAUUGUCAAUGACCAAAGAAGACGGCCAAUUUCUUGAUUCAAAAUCUUUUAUCUGGCACACUGGUUCCCGUAUUCCCAUUUUUCCUUUUCACAGGCCCACAGUCUCAUUGGGCUUUCGACUGAAUCACUGUGUUUAGUCGUUUCGAUUUCAUUGUGUGUACAACGAUUGAACUCUAGUUAAUCACAGUCAAUUUACAAAAGUGGGCAAAUUAAUGCGAUUUCUAUAUUUCAUUCAGCUUUGCCACGCACCAUUCACAUGCCCAGUCAGCUAACAAGUAUAAUCAUUUUUAUGACAAUCAUAUUUUUCGGAUGGAAAAAGAUGAGAUGGCUGAGAGUCAAUUUGCCGACGAAUAGGACAAAGAACCCAUGAGGACGAUUAAUAGCAAUAUUACACAAAGAUUUAUUAAAAUAUGUGCAACGAACCGACCAGUCACAAUCAAUAACACCCCAAGCAGAUCUUUAUUCAACCUUUCAAGAAUUUAUUUACGCGACGCCAGUGCCACGAACACACGAGCAUUUGAAAAGCUCGCCAAAACACACACACAUACUCAAUUUUUCAAGAAUACAAAUCACAACCAAACGCCAUCAGCCCCGUCAUUAUAGCGGGCAAUAAAAACAGCACGAACGGCCAGAACAAGAGCCAAAAUGAUGCCAUGCAAAUUCCAUUAGUUGGAAGCGCUUAGGGAUUUUCCCAUUGGUUUUAUUGUUUAUAUCACACGCGCACAACUUUUUUGCUAUAAUAGCAAUGCGAGAAUGCGGUAUCGUACUCUUUAAGGCCAAGUACAUUUAAGCGUUGCGCUUUUUUCAAGUUUUUUUCCCAUUCAUUUUACAUAAAUCUAUUUGUUCAAUUGAAUUUAUAUUGGCCAUUGCAGAUGCAUAGUGCACAGAGACUUGAACUGGUAAUUGGAAAUAAAUUCCAAUUAAGGAGCAGCUAAUGAACAAAAACAGCUGCAUGAGUAAUGGUUUUGUUGAAGUAGCCACCUUAAAGAUACAUAGUGAGUCUUCACAUGUUGAUGCGAUGAAUCCACGUUUCAUCAAAUCUAAGCAGCGCAUAUGAACCUAAAAAUACCCGAAUUUAUGAUAAUUACGCGCGCUUUUGUGUGGGCGUUUGUGCAUAUUAUAUUAAUAUUUCAUGUAGCUAAAAAAAAGCUCCAGAACGAUAUGUUUAUGUUAAAAUCGUCUGUAUCAAGAAAAUAGAAACAUAGCAACUGAUUUGCCUCCCUUGUCACCUAGCUCACGAUAAAAUGAAAUGUAAUGCAUUCACAGACGAGAGAAGAGAGGGUCGUCGCUAUGAAUACUCAUUUAUGUAAUCUUUCUUAUAAUGGUUUGAAGGUUUUACUAAAUGGUAUCUAAAGAAGGAACUGGACGUUUCGAAGGCGCACCUUGCUUUUAAGUUUCCGUGUUAAAUGGCCAAUGAAUGCAAACACUGUUUCAUUUGGUAUCUAUUGUAUAGUCGUAUGCCAAAACAAACGCCGUGGCUUGGCUCCGUUAAAAGAAUAUGAAAGCAUAGCAAACAUGGCGUAAAGAUAAAUAGAUAGAGAUAGACAUACCGACAGACGGAGAGAGAGAGGGAGGGAAAGGGAAUGGUUAAGAACAACAAUUUCUACACAUUAUCAUUGCCAGGUGUUCAAAGUGUUGAAAUGGCCGUGGGUUGCCAACACAGAGCCCGUGAUCCGCAUAUAAUGCCUGUAGCGCAAACAGUCCGAACAACGAGAACGACACAGAGUUCAGAACGAGCAAAGGAAGGGAAAGCUUGGCCAAUGGGAAAUAGCAAUUGCCCAUCCUAAUAUCAUUGUAAUCAAGGCAUGUGUGUGUGUUAAACAGUAUAGUUAAAAUUAUUUCAUACACACAUUCUGGCCGAAAAACAGAAUUCUUGUUUGGCCGUCGUUCUUUUCGUCAGGCUUACGUUUAGCUUCUUCAAUAAUUUGUUACUGCCAACUUUUAUACGUUAAGCAAAAGUAGAAUGUGGAUUGCGUGUUUUUGGCUCACUUUCGCGAAGAAAACGAAAAAAAAUAAUAACACAAUUUCACUUCUGGCUGCCAGUUUUCAUUGUUGCCGCCAUCGCUGCUGCUGCUGCUGCUGCUGCUGUUAUUGCCGCUGCUUGUUGUUGGUGUUGGUGGUGUUUUUUUUCUAUUUGAUUUGCUUAUGUGUGUGGCUCGAUGCUCGCCAUUCGUAUUCAACCCACUCUCGGUUUCUAUGCUCAUUUCCUUCCUCUAUUUUCACAAGCGAAAAAUUCUACUUAAACUUCCAGCGAUUCGCCCGCUACAAUUCGCCAAAGUUAUUACUUUUGACUUUAGUUGGAACGUGAAAACCGUUGAAAACAGCAGGCAUAAAUGAUUUUGCUACUUAUUUGCGCGUUUGUUUAUCGCGAGAAAGUUUUUUUUGUGCAGUUUUUUUGUGUCGGCCGUUGUGUGCUCCUCAUUACCAGACCUUUGUUUGAUCAUUCAUUGCUAUCCAUGUGAGUGCCAUCAAUUUUAAUUUCAUUGUUGUUGUUUCACAUCUGUUUGCCCGUGAUGUUGCAUUCUCGUUAAUUCUUCCAAUUAGUUUUUUUUUCUCCAUCCCUUCGCUUAUGUUUGGGCGCUGCAAAUGAGAAGGUGGUUUGCAUUGUGUAGCGCCUCGGCAAACAUUUAAAAUACAAAAUAAGCGGAAAAUUGUUUUGUGAUAGUGUGCAUUGCUUGAUGAAGAAAGAUGGUGAAAUCUGUCAAAAAAAAAUUCACCGGAGGAAAAAAAAAUACAAGCGACGCAGCGACAUACAUAUCUUGGUGUGGCCAAAACACAAGAGACAAAAAAGAAAAUGCUGAAAGUAUGCUAAAUAAUUCCGGAAAAUCAAUUAAAAUGAACGAAUUUUUUAAUUUAACUCCAAGUUGAUAGGUUUCUUCAUAUAGUGAAUUUGAAGAGCUCACACAAAUUUGAAAACAAAAACACCUUCGAAAAAGCUCCUUUGCUUCGUUUACAAUGAACUAUAUUUGCAAAAUGACAAAAGAGAAAUCGACAUCGAUAGUAGCAGAGUGUAGCCGUGCAAAAUAAACAUCAUGUAAUCAAUUAAAAUUAGCCGAAAUAAUUAAACAACACGAUGUCGGAAUUGAAAUAGGAAAUUUUUACAUUUUUUCACUCUUGUACCUACAUCUCGUCAAAUAAUUGGCAAUCGAGCUGUAAGUUAAUUUUGUCACUGUAAACUACUGUGUUCGAUGCUUGUUUCAACAUUAUACCGAUAUCUGUAUCAUUACUUCCUUGUGCCCCUUCAUCCCCGUCCGUCGAUUCUUUUUCACUCUUCUGACGAUCGCCGAUUUUUUUUUGUUCAGAAUGUAGAUGAAUUACUCGAUCGUUGGUAUUAAAAUUGAAUAAUUAAAAUAGGGCUGACAGAACGGCACGGUCGUUUCGACUAUUGCUGCAAUAUACUUUUUAUAUCAAAAUGUAAACAAUUAUUUUUAGCAAGUGUGAGUAUAUAUGCGUGCGUUUAUUGUAUAUUGUCAUCAGAUGUAGGAUUGAUACAAUUUUUGUUUGUUCAUAAUUCGGACGAGUAAACAAAACAAAAUAAAACAAAACAAAAGAAAGAAACAAAAGAAAGAAUAGAGUAAACAAAAUGAAACCAAAAUUGUGCGUUUUUGACGUUUCGUGAGAUCAUUGACGGCUGCUACACACGUCGGUGAGUGUGUGUAUUUGUGUGUGUAGACCGCAGCUCGCGUUCAGCAUUUUAUCAUAUUGUCAUCGAUUGCUGUGCCCCGCAACGAUCGAUCACAUUUUCAUCUCAUCAAUGGAAACCAAACGUGAUUCAGCACCAUCACAAUUGUCGUCGUCGAGCCUAUCAUAUGUAUCGGAACGAGUGGAGCUGCUAUUUUUGUCACGUGCCAGUGAAAAAAUUGGAACAUUGCGAUUGCCGUCAUUUCAACCGAAACUUCUCUCUCCAUGGAUACAACACAAAAUGGGUUGCUUAGGAAGUAAAGAUCGUCUUACAAAAGAAGAUAUGGAGUUCUUAAAAUCACACACACGCUACGAUGAGGUGACAAUCAAAGAAUGGUACAAAGGGUUCAAACAAGAUUGUCCCAACGGUCGUUUAACUCCAGCCAAAUUCGUGGAUAUGUACAAAAUGUUUUUCCCAUCUGGUAAUGCGGAAGAAUUUUGCGAUCACGUAUUCAGAACAUUUGAUAUGGACAAAAAUGGCUAUAUUGAUUUUAAGGAAUUUCUACUGGCGAUCGAUGUUACCUCAAGCGGUACACCUGAAGAAAAACUGAAAUGGGCAUUUAGAAUGUACGACGUUGACGGCAAUGGCGUUAUAGACAUACAAGAAAUGACGAAAAUAGUCCAGGCAAUUUAUGACAUGUUGGGCGCGUGUUCGUCAAACCGACCGGCUGACUCGGCGGAAGAGCGUGCCAAAAAUAUAUUCGCCAAAAUGGAUGAAAACAACGAUGGACAAUUAACUCAAGAAGAAUUUUUGAAGGGAUGCUUACAAGAUGAAGAGCUGUCGAAAAUGCUUGCACCAUAAGUAUCGUAAAAGAAAAAGCUCAUCAAGACACACAGCUUCAAUAUGAUUGCAAAAACGCAGCGUUUAAUGAUCGAAUCAAAAACAUUUCUGUUUACUUCUGAUGCAUAAUUUUGGUUUCAUUUAAAUUCAAAUCUGAUGAAAUAUACGUUAAUCCACCAACAAAAUACUAUAACACAUUUGAAAGAUACACACCGUUGAAAAAGCGUCGGCAUUGUACUAUUUGCAAACGCCAACGUCCUUUUGACGAACAGUUACAUACAGGCAACAAUAUCAUAUGAAAAAAAAAACCAUACCUUUGCUAGCGAAUAGAAUAGAAAAAAAAACAGGAGACUUCUAACAUGAAAUUACGAAGUCUCAUUAUUCACAAACACACACACGCAGAGAAAUAGAGAGACGGGUAGUGUUGUAAUGUUGGGUAAAAGAUUUCCAAAAUAUAAGUACUUAUUGAAAGACACAAUUAAAUAAUAUGAAAAUUGGUAGGUAGUCCGUAUGUGCUAUAUUUUCAUUGUCAUCCGCCAUCCACCUUCAACUUAUGAAAGCAAUCAACCGAUUUCUCACAUGUUUCUUUUACAAUAUAUUCAAAUAUAAGCGUAUAUGUUUUGAUUAACUGGGAGGAAUAGAUUUUCUGUUUUGUGCAUUCUCGUCUAGAAAACUUGUCACAAAACAAACCAAUGCGUGCAAAGAUGCGACCAAUGCGAACUAUGAAUAUAUUUAAAACAUAAAUAAUGUACACACUCUCGGUUCGAAUUCAUCGGCAUUUGGCCACGAUAUGUCCAGAUCUCCUAUCCGAUAGAAAUAUUCAAGCAGAUAUUUAUAUUUAUGAGCGAGCUCCCUGGAUAUGUUUCUCUUCACAUGGCCAAUAUUUCUCACCACUUGGUCAACUGUACUCUUACAAACACAUCCACAUACGUAUAUAUAAAUAUUCAUAUUUAAACAAACUAAAAUAUAUUUAAAAAAAAAUCGAUGAUAUUGUGUGUUAUGGCUAGAUGUCUAUGUUUUUAAAGAAUAAUUUUCGAAUCUGAUUUUAGCAGCAUUUUGUUUGAGCAUUUUAGUGGACACUUGUUCUUGUUUAUUUUUUUUUACCAUUACAAUUAACUUUCAUUUGAGACAUGAUAUUUUAAAAAAUUUGUAGAUUUUAAUUCGAAUAAUUUCAUUUCUACAAAGCAUUGUCUUCAAUUGUGAAAUACUUGAUAUUAUUCAUUGGAAUACUACGAUUUAUAGGAUGAAUUCAUGCCACUCUUUUUCCGCAAACGCAAAACUGUACUAGUUAGGAAAUGUUCAUAUUGCACCGAACAACUCUUCUACUUAAGAAUUACACACAAAAUGACAUUGCAUUUGAGAAAAAAGAAAUCAUUGAACGCGCUGCUAACACAGGCAAAUCAACCAUACCAAAUAAAUUGUGCACCAAAAAGAGAAAAAGAAAAUCAGCGGGCAAAAAUAUAACAAAAAAUCAUUCGAAGAAAAAAAAAAUAUUAACACGAACAAAAUCUCUAUCACCUAAAACAUUUAAUAUUUAAAAGGCAUAAUUAUACAAUCUAUGGAUAUUAACAUACAAAUAAUUAAAGUCUAAUUAAAAAUAAUGAAUUAAAAAUUGAAAAAUUAAAACAAUCAAGCAAACAAACGUAAUCGUUAUUGUGAUUGCAGCAUACAUAAUGGAAUAAUUUUGUCAAAGUUGAAAUGUAAAAUGCGCUGCAACUGUAUGCAAAAAGAGGCAAUUCAAUCAUUUGACAUGGUACAGUUGUUACACCUUGACAACUCGAACUCUUUAUUUCACAACGUAUGCAAAUAUUUAGCAUGAAGAGGGGGAUAAGCUGUAGACCAUCAAAUAUCUUGUAUUCAAUUCGAGUAUUUCACACCCUCCACUUAUGACAAUGGCUGUUAUUUUGCCGAAUUUCAUUCCGAAUGCUCGAAUUAUUUACAUAUUUCAUUCUACGCGUUGAAUAAAAACUGAGAUGACACUAGCCAUCACUGUUUUGACGUUGAGCAAUAUGCGAAACAAUUUGAAGUUGAAGUGCAUUCGAAUUGUGUGAAUUCUGUUCAAUUCGCGAAUGGAUGACUCCUCUAGAUAAGAGAAAAACAUGUCAAAUAUUUCAUAUUAUUCAGUUGAAUGCGCUCAAUAUUCACAUUUAAAUCCACUUUGUAUGCGUAUUCUAUUUUUCAAUGUUUUCCAUUGAAAUUAGUCGUCUUUUCCGUGUUUUGCAAAUGGAACAAACAAAAAAAAAGUAAUAAAAAAAAGGUUUACCAAAUAAAUCAUACUUGAGGGACACAAACAAAAAGCCAUUUGAGAUUCUGAUUUCAAAAAUGGUUCAUAUUCCGUUUGGUUUUUUGAAAACGAGAUAUAAAUUGAGUCUGUACAACGGAGUAAUAAAACUCGAGUGAAAAGAAACGGUUUGUAUGCAAAAUCGAAAAAUACAAACCAGUUUUUAAUACGUUUUUGCAUGGAAAGAACUAAUUUUUCGUUUGAAAAAAAAAACAAAAAAUAUGAAUCGUUUUUGAAGUCAGAGUCCCAUUUAUUCACUUAGACAUUUCUAUAAAAAAAAUGAAAGUUUUAAUGAUAUUUUCUUAAUGGAUAAUUAGCGAAUGCAAUCUCUGAUUGACAGACGGAGAGCUACGAACAUCGAACGAUUGUUCGAUUGCUCGUUUGCUCGAUCGCUGUCUUUCGUUUCUCGAUCCGUGAUAAUAUUGUCGGACAUAUUUGCACAUUUUAGACCAAUUAAUGAGCUCGAUUUACAUGCACAUAUGGGCAUGCAAUCACUUGACACUUUUGUCGCUUAAACUCUUUUAUUUUUUUUAAAUCAAUUCGAAAUUUAGCAGCCAAAAACGAAGAUCGAAAUGACGUCAUUCAAAUAACCCGGUAUAUGCGUAGCUUUACUUUAUCCUUUCGUUGUGUGUUCGUUUAUUCAAAACGAUGACCGAGGAAAAAAUGGGUAAAUAAAAGCUUCAUAUAUAAGUGAUGUUUCGAUGCGGCAUAAUAACAAACAGUCGAAAUGGAUUUGAUUUAUUUCGAUUUUUAGCUAUCCCCUUAUAAUGACAACUCUCAAUCAAUUAUACUGGAAAUUUACACUCAAACACUCACACAAAUCAGCUUUGUUUAAAGCAUUUCGACCUAUAGUUCUUUUUAAGUCACGUAACCAAAUGAAAACCAAACAAUUUACACAGAAAACAUAUUUAAAACCAAAUAUUUGCUUUAUUUCAACCAGGCAACGUCUUCUCUUUUUUUAUAUGCAUAUUUAGAUGUAAAAAAAAUGAAUUAAAUAAAAUUAUAUAUUUAAAAUGAACGUCAGAAUAGAUUUUCGGCAUUGGACUAGGGUGCACCGCCAUAGGUUCGGUAUUUCAUUUGAGUUACAUCACUUUCGCAAUUCAAUACUUGCGGAUCCCAUACAAAUCAAAUCGAAUUAUGCAUUAUCGUAUGAUUUUCUACAAUCAAACCGAUGUGCAGAGAUGACUGAAGCGCACCCAAGUGCGCUAGAGCGCACUCGAGAGCACUAGUGUUGUUUUUUUUUCGUUGUUUUUUUCGUUCUAUACCUUUUUGGCCAAAAAUUUUUUUUCUAUCAAUAUUUUGUCUAAAAUAACAAAGAAUACGUUUUCUGCCCUGAAAUGAGAGCUGGUAUUCGCAUUGUGCGAUCACACGCACUUAGUCAUUGCGCAUAUUAGCUCUAUUUCACAAUCGAUACUUUUGGGGAUUUUUCUUUACAUACACCAAAGUAAAUGUGGUUUUUCAAAAGCCAUUCUUCGUUAUGUUAGACAAAAUAUUGAUACACCUUUUUUAGCCAAAAAGAUAAAGUAGAACGAAGAAAAUAACAAAAGAAACAACACAAAUGCUCGAGUGCGCUUCAGUCAUCUCUGCCGAUGUGCUUGUCACAUGCCGAAAACUAUUUCUACUUAAUUCUAUAACAUGAACAUUUGUAAAAAAAAACUAUUAAGAAUUCUAUUUUCGCGUUAAACUAAAAGAAAAAAAAAGAAUCUAUUUGAUAAAAAUGAAGGAGAACUUAAACUUGAAUUAAGUAUGAAGGAAAUUAAUUAACAACAAACAACAUGAACAAGAAGAAAACAACAACAAAACAAAUUAUAGGGUAAUCUACUACUUUUGCGCACCAUUCGAUUUUUACGUACAAUUUUACGGCUAUUUCUCACUUAGUUGGAUGGAUAGAUAAAAUUUAAAAAUAAAUUUAAAUUAUAUUUACGAUAAAUAAUUGUAAUAAGAUUCGAACUUAUAGACAAAAGAAACAAAAAUAACACAUACACACACUCACUCACAUAACAGAGAAUCAUUUGCAUAAAUGUGAAAGAACAAUCAUCAAACUGAAACAAUUUUGUUUUCAUAACAUCAAUUAUUUCAAAGCUUUCAAACAUUUAUGUCACACAGAAAUAUAGAUAAUGGAGGAAAAAAAUGGAAAAAAAAGUUUUGUCUCUUUAAGUCACUAUAUGUCCUAUUGUCUGCUCUCCAAUUUGAACAAAAAAAAAACAUUCUCUUCCUAUGAAAUUUUGCAUGUGCAAAGUUUUUGUCUAUUUUUAACGCUAACCAAAUGGCAAAUCCAAAUCAAAUCGAUAAAAUAUUCUAUUCUCUAUUCCAAUCAUUUUGGAACUGCGUUUAUUGGAAUUUUUUUUUGAUUUAAUACAGCCAACGAAUCGAAAAAUGCCAACAAAACCGAACAUUCGCAACCGGUGACAUCGAACUUCGUACAAAUAUUUUACCGAAUGUAUUUAAGAUAUCCCGAAGAAUGUUUUAUGGCAAAAAAAAUUGAAGCCCUCGACUGGAUCAGAUACGACAACCGUGACAAUGAUUGGUUCGAAAUUGGGUAGAUAGCAAUCAAUAUUUGUGGAAAUCGACGGUUUUACAUUUGAACAAAUAUCAAUCAUUCGUGUAAAAAUAAAUAAAACGUGUAAAAUUUGCAAACUGACACCCUCUCACCUUUGGAUUUUCGUUUAAAAUUACGACCAGAAUGGGAAUUUUUCUAACAACUUUCAAAGAAUUGCAAGUCUGCGUUACAAUUUGAGGCUCGAAUGGCGUAACUAUCCCAUAAACUCUUUUUAUUCGGGUAGGACAUCAUGAACAUGCUGCUAGAGUAUUUGUACGGAUUUUGAUGUUACCCCGUAUUUUAUAUUAUAAAAGUAUAUAUUUCAAUCUAUACAAACAAAGAUCUCUUCACCAUUUACUGCAUCACUGUUGAUGUUUCAUAACUUAUUCAUUUUCAUUUCAUACACAAAAUAUGAUAUACUUUCAAAUCAAGUUUUGAAUGCCUUCUCUUCUUUUUCGAUACCUGUACACCUGUUUUGUUCUCUUUUUUAACACUUUUCUACGAUUAUAAACAAAAAAAAAUACAUAAAAAUAUUAUGAUAAAGAUCUAUAUGAUGUUAACUGGAUUUAAAAAAAAGUGUAUGAUACACACUAAGAAUUCACCAACUCUAGUGAAAAGAAAUAAGGAAAACUUCGAGAGCAAAAUACACACACACAAAAAACACAUACACACACUCAACAAGAACAAAUGAAUAGACAUACCAAUGAAAGUUUAUGUAGCAUAUUAAUCGGGUUAUUUAUAUAUUAAAGGCAUUUGAAAAGUAAAAAAAAGCAAACAAAAAAAUGAUAUCAUGAACAACAACAAGAACAAAAACUAUCGAAUUAUUUAAUGAAGUAAUAUUUAAAUGCAACACAACUAUGCAUGUUUCAUGCCACGUAAAAACUCUUCAAACUUGAAAUAGUUGAUUUAAGUAUUAUUAUUAUUAUUACAAUACCCUUUGCUGAUAUACAAUCUAAUUAAUGUGAAACAAACACACAAAACACACAUUGUACAAGUUUUGCAACAGGAAACCAAGUCAAAAAUCGAUAAGAAGAGAUGGGUAUAUAACGGAUGAUCAAAUUAAAAGAAUAAAA